UGGUGGGCGGGGCCAGCGGGCUGCGCCGGACGCGGCCCCCAAGCACGGAGCGGCCCGGAGAGAGCGACGGUGCCAGCUGGGCGCUGGGGAAGAAGCCUGCGCCUGACUGGCGGGCGGCCAGCGGGACAGAGAGUGUGGGCUGAGCCUGGCAGUGCCCGCUGGGGGCCUGGGCAACAACGGCCACCGCGCAGCGGGCACCCUGAGUCACUGACAGGGCCGCCCGGGCACGGGGGGGGGGGCGCGCGGUGCCCCCUGGGAGAGCCUGGGGUUACCAGGGCCGCCCGGGCACGGGGGGACUGGCAGUGCCCAUCAGGAGGGGGGGCCUGGGGUUACCAGGGCCGCCCGGGCACGGGGGACACGCGGUGCCCGCCGGACACUAAGGACGCCCGGGUCUUUACUUUCCCCGGGGUUAUUAACAGCUAGGCCUGGGAAUGGUAGCCGGGGGCGAUGCCCCGUCAGGGCGGGACCGCAAGGCUGACCCACUUCGGGGCGGCAGGAAGCAAUCAGACAGGCCCCUGAAGGCGCUCCCUGGGAGGAAGGGGCAGGCUGACUGCCCCGGGGCCAGCCGGGCUCUCCGCUGCCCUCGGGCCGCCCGGGACUGCUGGCCCUGCCCGCUGCCCGCAGCCCGGUGGCCCCGCCCACUGCCUGAGAUUCCUGCUGAGGUCACCCUGGGACUGGGCGGGGGAGGAGAAGCAGCUGCCGAAGCCCAGCCCCCGUGUGGCCCUGCCCUAGAGCCCUAGCAAGAGCUGGCUGCCCGGAGCAUCUUAAACCAGACUUGUAGUAGGCACUUCCUAAAUGCUCAUCAAGUGAACAAUCCUGUGCAGUAAAUAAAAUGCAUAAGUCCAACUCACUCUACAUUCUCUGAAUCCCUUCUGCGUGCAACAAUCUUUCCUGAGCACACAGACCUUGCCGUCAAGGAGAUUCCAGUAGACCAGGAAGAUCACUGCAUGUACAUAGGGCAGGGCUUUAUCAAUGGCUCCCAAGCGCAAGGCAGCGAGUGAAAGCACAGGAAGCUCCAAGAAGAAGGAGAAAUCAGAGGUGGAGGAUGGCUUCCACUCGGCCAAGGAGGCCCUUAAAGCUGCACCCAAAGAGACACGAAAAGCUCGGGUGGAUUCCAUGUGUCCACUCAGCAGCAAGCCUAAUGUCCAGGUAUACGGGGACUAUGACUGUACCCUGAACCAGACCAACAUAGGGAACAACAACAACAAAUUCUACAUCAUCCAGCUGCUGGAUGAGAACGGCAGCUACCAUAGCUGGAACCACUGGGGUCGUGUGGGAGAGAAGGGCCAGUCCAAACUGCAAUCUUUCUCCUCCCUGGACGAAGCUAAGCGAGACUUUGAGAAGAAGUUCUGGGACAAAACCAAGAACCGCUGGGCUGAUCGGGACAAUUUUGUGGCCCAGUCGGGCAAGUAUACGCUCAUUGAAGUGCAGGCUGGUGAUGGCAAAGAGGGCCAGGAAAUUGGGGUCAAGGUGGACAGAGUGGACGGGGUUCAGGCUAUUCGGCAGAAGGUCAAGCCCUGUACCCUAGAUUCAGCCACCCAGGAACUGGUGUCCCUCAUUUUCAGCCAUGAUAUGUUCAAUGAUGCAAUGAAGACCAUGAACCUUGAUGUUAAGAAGAUGCCCUUGGGAACGCUGAGCAAGCAACAGAUUGCCAAGGGCUUUGAGGCCUUGGAGGCCCUAGAGGCUGCCCUACAGAAGAGCGCAGAUGCAAAAGAGCUGGAGGAACUAUCCUCCUGCUUCUACACAAUCAUCCCCCAUAACUUUGGCAGAACCCGGCCCCCGCCCAUCAACUCGCAGGAGAUCCUUCAGGCCAAGAAGGACAUGUUGUUGGUCCUGGCUGACAUUGAGCUGGCCCAGGCCCUGAAGGCUGGACAGGAGGAGGAGGAACAGAAGAUAAAGGUGGAAGAAGUGCCCCACCCACUGGACCGGGAUUAUGGGCUCCUGAGAUGCCAGCUGCAGCUCCUGGAGACAGACACUCAUGAGUACAAGCUGAUUGAAAUCUACCUGAAGAAGACAGGAUGGCCUCAUCUCCGCCUCCUCCAUGUCUGGAAAAUAAAUCGAGAGGGAGAGGGGGAGCGGUUCCGGGCCCACACGGACCUGGAGAACCGGCGCCUGCUGUGGCACGGCACCAAUGUGGCUGUGGUGGCCGCCAUCCUCAAGAGCGGCCUCCGGAUCAUGCCCCACUCGGGCGGGCGCGUGGGCCAGGGCAUCUACUUCGCUUCUGAGAACAGCAAGUCUGCUUGUUACGUGGGCUGCACCUCUCAGAAAAUCAGCCUCAUGUUCCUGAGCGAGGUGGCCCUGGGCCUGGAGUACCGCAUCACGCAGGACGACUGCAGCCUCCGGCAGCCGCCCCCGGGCUUCCACAGCGUCAUCGCCCAGGGCCAAACGGAGCCCGACCCCAGCCAGGACGUGGCUCUGGAGCUGGAAGGGCACAAGGUGAUGGUGCCCCAGGGCCCGCCUGUGCCCAUGCCUGACUUCAGAGGGUCCUCGUUCUUCCAGAGCGAAUACCUGAUCUACAAGGAGAGCCAGUGCCGGCUGCGCUACCUGCUGCAGCUGCACUUCUGAGCUUCCCAGCCCCAGGGUCCUUCUCCCUGGUCCCAGAGGAGGCUCCUCUGGCCCAGAACCUGUGCAUUUCUUGUAACUACGACAGGAAGGAAUAAAGUCUUUCCAGCUGA